CCACAAAUGCCAAGUGUACAUCGAAAUGGGGGCCUGUCACGCGUCGAACGUUCCUUUUUGCAUUCGGCCGUCUUGUCGUGUAGACGAGGUUUUUCUGGUGUUCCGUAAAACAAUCUACACACAUCCACCACUAUGAGGAUCUACAAAGAUAUUUACACCGGUGAUGAGAUGUUCUCAGACACUUACAAAAUCAAGCUUGUCGAUGAAGUCGUUUAUGAAGUUUACGGCAAACUGAUUCAACGUAAACAAGGUGAUAUUGCCAUUGAUGGUGCCAACCCAUCUGCUGAAGAAGCUGAUGAAGGCACUGAUGAGAAUGUGGAGUCUGGUGUAGAUAUUGUGCUAAAUCACAGAUUAAUGGAAACUUAUGCCUUUGGUGACAAGAAAUCUUACACAUCAUACCUUAAGGAUUACAUGAAGAAAUUGGUAGCAACACUUGAAGAAAAAAGCCCUGAUCAAGUAGACAUUUUCAAAACGAAUAUGAACAAAGUAAUGAAGGAUAUUUUGGGCCGAUUCAAGGAAUUGCAGUUCUUCACCGGCGAAUCUAUGGAAAUCGACGGUAUGGUGGGCCUUAUGGAAUACCGUGACAUUGACGGAACGCAGGUGCCUGUAAUGAUGUUUUUCAAACAUGGGCUAGAGGAGGAGAAAUUCUAGAUGCGAUUUUUAUUAAGAUUGAAAGGAAGACCUCAUGUAAUUAUGAUAUGAAGACAAACGAUUUCUAUUUAUUAUUUUGAUUGAUUAUAUACAGACAACAUUCUUGUGAACACGUACGAAAAUAUCAACAACGCUGGAAUACUCGUCUCAAA